ACCCUCCUUUCUUUCUACAUCGUCCUCGAUAUAAGCCACGUUCAUAGACUCCUCUUGUCGCGGCUUGAACUAUGACUGGAACGAUCCCUUCCCUAGAAUCCGCUCAUGAGGAGCUCAAGGACAAUACUAUCUUCAUUGUGCUCGGUGCAUCUGGAGACCUUGCCAAAAAGAAGACGUUCCCCGCUCUCUUCGGGCUCUACAGUAUGGGAUAUCUACCCAAUGGCGUGCACAUUGUUGGAUAUGCGCGAACAAAGAUGGACGAGGCCGAGUAUCACAAGCGUGCAACGUCGUACAUCAAAAACCCUAAUGAUAACCCGGAGAUUACAAAGAAGAUUGAAGAGUUCAAGAGCUUCUCGACAUACGUUUCGGGCUCAUAUGAGGACCCGGCGGCAUUCCAGGCGUUAAACAAGCACAUCGAAGAGAUUGAGAGCAAGUAUCAAGGAACCGCACGCAACCGGAUUUUCUAUCUCGCGCUCCCACCCAGUGUAUUUAUCCCUGUGGCGAAGAACCUGCGGGAGAACUGCUACGCACCUAAUGUGAACCGAAUCAUUGUUGAGAAGCCGUUUGGGAAGGACAUUGACAGCUGUCGUGAGCUGCUUAGGUCACUCAAGCAACAUUGGUCGGAGGAUGAGACAUUCCGUAUCGACCACUAUCUCGGAAAGGAGAUGGUCAAAAACAUGCUCGUGCUUCGCUUUGCGAACGUGGCUUUCUCGGCAGGAUGGGAUAAGAAUUCAAUAAGCAAUGUCCAGAUUACUUUUAAGGAGCCAUUUGGUACCGAAGGUCGAGGAGGCUACUUUGAUGAGUUCGGCAUCAUCCGUGACGUUAUUCAAAAUCAUUUAAUGCAAGUGCUAAGUAUCCUUACGAUGGAACGUCCUGUGUCUUUCUCUGCCGAAGACAUUCGAGAUGAGAAGGUCAAGGUACUCCGAGCUGUGCCACCCGUUACUCCCGAGGACACACUUCUGGGCCAGUAUGUUGCUGCGAACGGGAAACCUGGAUAUCUCGAUGACGAAACCGUACCGCACAACUCUGUAUGUCCGACUUUCGCAGCAGCGACGCUUUGGAUCAACAACCCACGAUGGGAAGGCGUGCCUUUCAUCCUCAAAGCUGGGAAAGCUCUUAAUGAGGCGAAGGUGGAAGUGCGAAUCCAGUACAAAGACGUGACCCAGGGAAUUUUCAAAGAUAUUUCACGCAACGAGCUCGUUAUCCGCAUCCAGCCUACCGAGUCAAUUUAUCUUAAGCUUAACACGAAGACACCUGGAUUAAACACACGAACUGUCCCCAUUGAAAUGGAUCUAACCUACAAACGUCGAUUCUCUGAUUCGCAUAUUCCGGAAGCGUAUGAGAGCCUUAUUCUUGAUGCGUUAAGGGGUGAUCACUCGAACUUUGUACGAGACGACGAGCUGGAUGUUGCAUGGAAGAUCUUUACUCCAAUACUACAUUGGAUAGAGGGCAAGGCAGGUCCACCACCUAAGCCUCUUCAGUACCCGUAUGGCUCCCGAGGACCAAAGGAACUCGAUUCUUUCAUCCGCAAAUACGGCUACAGGCGUGCAGACUCUCAAUACACCUGGCCAGUCACGAACGUUUCACAGCUCUAAGAAUGCCUUCUCGUCAAUCAAUAAUCGUUUUAAUGUACAACGUCGGCAUCGGUGCCGUGAGGAAUAACCGAUAUGUUAUGCGCCUAAACAACACUGCAGGAAAAAAAAAGAAAUUAUGAUCAUGAGUAUAGCACAUUUAGCGAUUAUAGACUAUCCCUCAGUUACCUGCCUUGAAUCCGCUUUCUUGUCUUCGUAUGAUUGAAGUCGUAUGUAUAGUACAUCAAAUGUCACAAAUUUACACCUACAUGUCCUUGA